AUGAAUGACCUUCAGACGAACAGUAAUGACCUUCAGAUCAACAUGAAUGACCUUCAGAUCAACAGUAAUGACCUUCAGAUCAACAGUAAUGACCUUCAGAUCAACAUGAAUGACCUUCAGAUCAACAUGAAUGACCUUCAGAUCAACAGUAAUGACCUUCAGAUCAACAUGAAUGACCUUCAGAUCAACAGUAAUGACCUUCAGAUCAACAGUAAUGACCUUCAGAUCAACAGUAAUGACCUUCAGAUCAACAUGAAUGACCUUCAGAUCAACAGUAAUGACAUUCAUAUCAACAGUAAUGACCUUCAGAUCAACAUGAAUGACCUUCAGAUUAACAGUAAUGACCUUCAGAUCAACAGUAAUAACCUUCAGAUGAACAUGAAUGACCUUCAGAUAAACAUGAAUGACCUUCAGAUCAACAGUAAUAACCUUCAGAUCAACAGUAAUGACCUUCAGAUCAACAGUAACAACAUUCAGAUCAACAUGAAUGACCUUCAGAUGAACAGUAAUGACCUUCAGAUCAACAUGAAUGACCUUCAGAUAAACAUGAAUGACCUUCAGAUCAACAGUAAUAACCUUCAGAUCAACAGUAAUGACCUUCAGAUCAACAGUAAAGACAUUCAGAUCAACAUGAAUGACCUUCAGAUGAACAGUAAUGACCUUCAGAUCAACAUGGAUUACCAGGUCAGUGUGACGGUGAUAGAGGCCCGGCAGCUGAUUGGUCUGAACAUGGAUCCUAUGGUCUGUGUGGAGAUCGGGGAAGACAAGAAGUACACAUGUAUGAAAGAGUCUACAAACUGCCCUUACUACAACGAGUACUUCGUGUUCGACUUCCAUGUUCCUUCUGAAGUCAUGUUCGACAAAAUCCUCAAACUGUCGGUGAUUCACUCCAAAAACCUGCUGCGUUCCGGAACACUGGUCGGAACUUUCAAACUGGACGUGGGAACCAUCUACUCUCAGCCCGAGCACCAGUUCUACCACAAGUGGGCGCUGCUGUCGGACCCUGAUGACAUCACGGCGGGUUGCAAAGGUUACGUGAAGUGUGACGUGGCGGUGGUGGCGAAAGGAGACACCAUCAAGACGCCGCACAAAGCCAACGAGCAAGACGAGGAUGACAUCGAGGGGAACCUGCUGAUCCCGGAGGGGGUCCCGGCCGAGCGGCAGUGGGCACGGUACUACCUGAAGGUUUACCGCGCUGAGGGUCUGCCCAGGAUGAACCAGAGCCUCAUGGCCAACGUCAAGAAGGCCUUCAUCGGGGAGAACAAGGAUCUGGUGGACCCCUACGUACAAGUCCAGUUCGCUGGUCAGAAGGGGAAGACCUCGGUGCAGAAGAGCUGCUAUGAGCCCAUCUGGAACGAGCAGAUCGUGUUCACGGAGAUGUUUCCUCCUCUUUGCAAACGCAUGAAGCUUCAGAUACGAGACUCGGACAAAGUCAACGACGUCGCGAUCGGGACUCACUUCCUGGACCUGAAGAAGAUCUCCAACGAUGGGGACAAAGGGUUCCUCCCCACUCUCGGCCCUGCCUGGGUGAACAUGUAUGGCUCCACUCGGACCUACAGCCUGAUGGACGAGUACCAGGAGCUGAACGAUGGUCUGGGGGAGGGCGCCUCCUUCAGGGCGCGCCUCCUCAUCUCCCUGGGGGUGGAGAUCUUGGAUGUGUCCUCUCCGGAGGUCACCAGCUCCACGGAGGUGCAGGUAGACGGGAUCCCCAACAUCUCAGAGCUGACAGAGAACCUGACAGAGAACCUGACAGAGAACUUGACAGAGAACUUGAUAGAGAACCUGACAGAGAACCUGAUAGAGAACCUGAUAGAGAACCUGACAGAGAACCUGACAGAGAACCUGACAGAGAACCUGAUAGAGAACCUGACAGAGAACCUGACAGAGAACCUGACAGAGAACCUGACAGAGAACCUGACAGAGAACCUGACAGAGAACUUGACAGAGAACCUGAUAGAGAACCUGACAGAGAACCUGACAGAGAACCUGACACAGAACUUGACAGAGAACUUGACAGAGAACCUGACAGAGAACCUGACAGAGAACCUGGUUUUCUUUGAAUCUACACUUUAG